CACUACUCAGUGUGUUGCCGUGAUCGCUGGAGCAGGGGUGCGCUGAUUUAAAGGUGGGAUUUGAGUUGUCUUACACUUGAGCUGUGUUGCUGAAGUGCGUAGUGACCUAGUGUGUGCUCCGCUGUGACCUGCACUAACUCGGGACUAACGCCACUAACACGCCGACCCAGCCGCCGCAGGAACCAUCAGACAAGGAUGGCCAGGACCGUCGCCACUAUCGCCAUUGUAAUCUUUUCCUUACUUCAUCAAGGUGUCAGCUUGGACAUUGUCAUCAAGAACCUGAUAGUGCCGGAGCAGGCCAAGCGGUUCUCUAAUGUCACACUAGAGUGCAAAUAUGAAAGCACAGAGAAGCCUGUCUAUGUAAAGUGGCUCUUCAACAACAUUGAGUUUUAAAAUUUGAACUCAAUGAAGUAGAAGACCCACUGACCCUCUUCACAGAUGACAUCAGCUUGGUGGUCAAUACACAAGAGACGACAGGGGACAAAGUGGUCCUAACGAGGGUGGAUCUCAGUGCUUCUGGCAACUAUACGUGUGCAGUGAUGGGAGAGACGCCAAACUUCCAUGAGGAUAGGAUGACAAAAGUGAUGACUGUUGUGGAGAUACCUGAUGAGAAGCCCACCAUUGAGGGUGAUGUGCGUGACCACUUUGCUGUGGGCGACAAAGUCAACCUCACCUGCACCACCCCACCGUCCUUCCCCGGAGCUACUCUGUCCUGGAUCAUUAAUGACCAAGAGGCUCCUCCUACCUUCCUGCACGAGUACGCACCAGAGAAGAACAAAGAGGGGCUCAUUGUGUCACGCCUCACUCUCAACUUUGAGCUGGCUCCCUCACACUUCAUCAGUGGUGAACUCAGAUUAAAGUGUGUGGCCUCCAUCCUGACACUGUACACCAAGACCAGCGAACACAGCCAGCAGGUGCCACCAAAACCCGAGGAGCCGCCAGUCAAAGAAGUGCGGGACUUGCCUGAGGAAGGAAGUCUUACCACUAAUGGGAAUACAGGAAGCCGCUCCAUGUGGGCAAGUUUCUUCCAUGUGCUUGUGCUGCAUACAGUGCUCAUCAUCUCUGCCCAUCUUCUGCACUAGAGGUGAUGCAGUGAGUCCACCAGAGAAUGGGAACAAUUAUAGAAUGUCCAUCACCUUGAAAGUAACUGUGUGAGACUGGAUUUAUAAAGACAGAUAUGUAUGUAUACUUCUAUACUGCUGAUUUUACAGCAAAGAUUCAUUCAUAGCACAGGUUUUUAUUUUGUUUAUGGUUAGCCACACCAUCAGAGGACUUUUUUUUGUAUCAUACAAAUAAUGAAUUAUAAUUUUUUAUGCUGUGCAGAUAAACUUCCAAGCAUUCAGAUCAUGAAAUUAACAUUCGAGUUACCUUUAAGCCAUUUAGCAUGUUGUAAAGGCCAGUAAUGAGUACAGCCACUCCCCUGCCUAGGAUGCAUUCUAUUCCCCCAAAAAACUUUGUAAACUGAAGCAAAAAGUGCAAGUCACAGCUGAGGUCACAGCACACCACAGACCUGAUUGAAUAUUGAAUUGUUUCACGGACAUCAACUAGAGUGUUUCUUGGGCCUGGCACAUUACACACACACACUCAGUCACUGCUGCACCAGAGUGACCAGGCAACAACAGUGUGUUGCAGCAGGACCUUGUGGGAACACACUAGUACUGCUCUCAGCAAUGAAACAUACAUAGACACAUACACUGUGGUGCUCCCAUACAGGUCAAUCAAAUUCCAUGUUGUAUGUGUAUUAUAACAUUGGAAAGUUGUAAUAUGUGCCCAGAAGGUCGUAAGCAGGAGAAUGGCUGUACCUUUCAAGAAAUAAGAAGUGUUAUAUUUGUAAAUUUUGGGCUAGUUGUGAUUAGUUUCUUGUAAAUAUUUCUUUGGAAACCACUGUAUAUCAUUAGAGUAUAGCCUAAGGACCAAACUCUUUAAAAUAUCAUUCAUGGUGUAAAGCAAGCAAGGCAUUUUGAGCUGCAUGGUGAAGUUGCUUUUCAGUUUUAGUUAGCAACAUUGUACAUUUUGUUUGUCAAAUGUGACAUAGUGUGGAUCUCUUAUACUUGUCUAGUGUUUUAGAGGAAGCAAGUGAGUUUGUUUUCUUUAAGUCUGCUAACAGCUUCUGAAUGGAACUAAGUUAUGAGAUUUGGUGCUUACAGCACAUGUGAUACUAUAGUGUAUAAUUUCAAUAGCAAGUGUACAUUAAGUUCAUUGAAAUGCUGGGGGACCUCAGCUCCCCAUAAUUUUGUUUCUUCUUUUCCAUUUUUUUCAUUCUUUCUUUUUCUUUUUCUGUUUGUGUGAGUGUGUGUGCGUGUGGGUAUGUGCAUGUGCGCAUGCCUGUGCACAGAGCAGGUCUCAUCCAGUAAACACAUUGGGUGUAGGUAUCAUCAUAGUAUUAUUGUCCAUUAUGUUCUAUAAGUCAAGUCUCCAUGCCAUAGGUGACAGCAGUAGCACGUCUUGUCAGAACCAUGAAGUUGCUCAGGUGUGAAUAGAAAAGAGAAGGAUUAUUAGUAUUAUUUUUCAUUUAUUAAUUUUUUCCUUCUUUCUUAGGUUAACAGCAGACUAGGGAUCAUACCUCACAAACACCUGAACAUUGUAGUGAUGUGCAUAUUGCUAUUUAGACACCAUAGGUCAUGUUUGCCGACGGUAGCCUGUUCUUGCUGCUUGGUGGUGUUUGGUCUGGUUUGGUUUAGUUUCUCAUAGGCAGGGAAUGAAUGGUGUCCCUGCCAGCAGUGUGUGUGCUGUCAUUAAUCCAGUCAUUACCAUAUAUUGCAGAAUGUCAUUUUUCAUGUAUUAAGCUGCAUCUAGACACCAUUUAACUGUAUAGUGGCACUCAUAUCUCAGCACUGCCACCAUGGGAAGACUAUAGAAGGCUGCAAAUAUCCCUAGCAUCUCUAAAUGUUCCUAAGUACAUCUCCAGUCUGUGACACUGAUCAUAGCAGCCACAAGUCUCUCGGGUGUACGAGAUGUGACUUGCGUGAAAUUUAGUGAUCCUGAGAGUAAAUGUUAUUAUCAGUUUGUUGAUUUCCUCAGUUGUGCUGUAAAGAACUGCUUCAGGUGUCAGGCAGCCAGUAGUUCCUUGGUGAUGGCCACAGUUACUCCAAAUUAUUCAUAAAUGCCUCAUAACCCCUUCAAUAGUUAGGUGCAUUUUUUUACAGUGAGUCUUGGGUAUGUUUUGAUGAUUUUAUUUUGAUUAAGAAGAGUCAAUGGAGAUCAGAAGAGUAAUGACCAGAGUCUUUAAUGUUCUAUUCACCAUAUAAGUUUCUGAAGCUGUAUAAAAUCACCAAAUAGUAACCAAAAUGAAUAUAGAAACACAUCAUAGUACUGAAAGAAUUAAAGUAAACCCCUUUAGUACCAAUGCACAUUUUCAUAUUUAUUCUGCUUACUAUUUGGCAAUUUC